UUUCAUUAUUUUUCUUCUACUCUCCCCAGUUGCCAGUCGAGUCCUGCCGUCCUUGCUUUCACAGCUCAUACAUGCAGAAGAAGAAAUCAGAAAAAGGCAAAAGAAAGAAGAUCAAAAGGACAAAGCCCAAUAAAUAAAAUUAUAAUUUUUCUUCUGGGUCUCUCUUUAAUCUUUAUUGGUUUCAUUCAGAUGAUCACGAGAUUCUCUCCUUGGUGCUUGCUUCCAUUUUCAAUCUUCAGAAGCUGACGAUUGACGAGCAAUUCGACCUUUUUUCCAAGAAAAGAAAGGUCAGCGUGUGCCAUUAAUUGGUUCAGCCUCUAGAAAGAGCAAAAACAGGAAAAGAAAAGAGAGACCAAAGGACGUAGGAGGAGGGAGGAGGUCAGGAUCCAGGCUGCAGGCUGCAGCAACCAACAACCAAUACCAACCCAUGGCUACGAUUAGUGGCACCGCCAAGAAGAAAAGUGGAGGUGGGGGUCAGGUGUUGGACGGUUCCAACAUUAUGGAAUUAGUUGGGAACAAGGAGGUCUUCAGCAAUUUUGUGGAUCAUAAGUUCCAAGAACUGGAUCGUGAUAGAGACGGUAAACUGUCCCCAAAGGAGCUGGAGCCCGCUGUUGCUGGCAUUGGCGCCGCUCUCGGUCUCCCUGCUCAGGGUACUCCUGAUUCUGAUCAUAUCUACUCCCAGGUUCUGAGUGAAUUCACACAUGGAACACAAGAAGUAAGCAAGACCGUAUUCAAAGAGGUGCUAUCAGACAUCUUAAUAGGCAUGGCAGCUGGGUUGAAGCGGGACCCAAUUGUGAUUCUCCGGAUUGACGGUGAAGACCUAGUUGAGUUCAUCAACAGUCCAAGGUUUGAACCAGAGAUAAUAUCCAUCUUCUCAAAAAUACAGCUUGCCAAUAGUUCCCUYCGCGAUUACAUUACUAGGGUGUUGGAGCAGCUCACUGUAGAUCAUGGCAUGCCACCUUAUUCGGAUUCUUGGGUUUUGAGAAACAUAGUGGAACCGGCCCUGCAAUCCUGUGGUAACCAUGACGAGGAGCAAGCCAUCUCACAAGACACUUUCUUGCAAGAAUUCAAGAAGGUUGUGGAGAGGGUGACCCAACAUCUCAAAGAACAGCCCGUUAUUGUUGCUCAUAGUGAAAACAGCUUUGAUGGAAGCAGCAUCGAGAGACUUCUAUCAAACAAAUUUGAAUUGGACAAGACGUUGAAUGAAGCAUUAAAAGAUGUACCAAAAGAUCGCGACCAUAUGAUUUCCAAGAAGCACCUGCGUAUCGCACUGGAUGGACUAGCCCCAGCAGCUGGUUUGCCUCCAUAUGGCGUGGUUGAUCAGAUGAAUAAGGUUGUGAAUGAGGUGUUGGGUAUGGUGAACGCGGAUGAUGGGAAGGCAGUUGCAGAAGAGGAGUUCAAAAAGCUUUUGACGGAAAUCCUGGGGAGUAUCAUGCUGCAAUUGGCGGAUAAUCCAAUAUCAGUUUCCUCCGACUCAGUCGUCCAUGAACCUCUUUCUUCUCCCUCAACUUUGUUGUCGCCGUCGUCAUCAUCGUCGCCGUGACUUAGAUAGAAAUGAGUUGCAAUCAUCAUCAUCAUUUAUAUGAUAUAAGCCUUCUACCAUUGACAAAGUCCAGAUACCGAAACACUUGCCCUCUUUGACGAAGAUAUCGCCGGAUCUUGCACGGGGAAGCCAGACUUAAGACGGAGACUGCAACGGCCGGUAUGGACCCAGCGAAGAAGAAGGCGGUAGUACAUCAUCUCUUGAACUUAGCUUCAACUCCUAUACGACCAGUUCACCUGAAUAUUCAUGAAUUUUCCGGCAGACUAAUCUUAUUUUUAACUUUUGCAGCAAAGGGAUAUUGAAGUCAUGAACCAGGAUAUUGGGUUUCUAGUUUAAUGGUCUGUCUGACUGUGAAUCCUGCUUAAAAUGUGAGUCGGUUUUGUGCCUUUGAUCUAACUGCUGAUAUGUGUCAUAAGAGCAAAAAUCAUAUCUGCCAAUCUUUGUUUUAUCUCGUUUUCUCAAACUAUUAUWUAAACAUUGAUUAAUUUUCCGUGA